AUGGCAAGCGUACGUUCUUUGAGAUGUUUGGCCACGCCAACCAGGCAAGCAAUAACUGCAUCCCCUAAAAGAGUGCUCCCUGCUCUCCAAGUCCGCCACCACUCCUCAAAGCAUCCCAAAGGCUUUGAACCACCGUCGGCGGCCGACCUCUCAGAGCUCCGCGACAGGGUGCAAGAGUUUACGCGCCGUGAGAUCACAGAGGAGGUGGCAGCUCACACGGACAAGUCCAAUGCCUUUCCCAACGACAUGUGGCCUAAACUGGGUGAGGCGGGGUUCCUGGGCAUGACGGCCGACGAGGACUAUGGCGGCCUGGCCAUGGGUUACCAGGCACACUGCAUCGUGCUCGAGGAGAUCUCGCGGGCCAGCGGCUCCAUCGGCCUGAGCUACGCGGCACACUCACAGCUUUGCGUCAACCAGCUGCAGCUGAAUGGCAGCCCGGCGCAAAAGGAAAAGUAUCUCCCGGGGCUCAUUGCAGGUACGAGCAUCGGUGCGCUGGCCAUGUCCGAGUCGGGAGCGGGGAGUGACGUUGUGAGCAUGCGGACCACGGCCAAAAAGGUAGACGGCGGCUACCUUCUCAAUGGCACCAAGAUGUGGAUCACCAACGGCCCAGAUGCCCAGGUCAUAGUAGUGUACGCAAAGACGGAGCCAGAGAAGGGCUCCAAGGGCAUGACUGCGUUCUUGCUCGAGACAGGCUUCAAGGGUUUCAGCUGCGCGCGAAAGCUGGACAAGAUGGGUAUGCGCGGCAGCAACACUGGAGAACUUGUCUUUGAAGAUGUCUUCAUACCCGAGGAGAACGUGCUCGGCCAGAUCAAUGGUGGUGUAAGGGUUUUGAUGGAAGGUCUCGACCUUGAGCGACUAGUUCUAAGUGCCGGGCCUCUCGGUCUCAUGCAAGCUGCUCUGGAUAUCGCCUUGCCAUUUUCACAUCAAAGAAAGCAGUUUGGCCAGCCUAUUGCGCACAAUCAAUUUGUUCAGGGCAAGCUGGCAGACAUGUACACCAAACUCCAAGCAUCUCGGGCAUACACAUAUGCAACAGCCAAGGCUGUAGACGAAGAGGGUAUCAUCAAGACGCAAGACUGCGCUGGAGCUAUUCUGUAUGCUGCAGAGAGAGCGACCGAGUGCAGCUUGGAUGCCAUUCAGCUUCUAGGUGGUAUGGGUUACACGGAAGAGAUGCCUGCUUCCAGAAUAUUAAGAGAUGCAAAACUCUAUGAAAUCGGCGCGGGAACGUCUGAGAUUAGAAGAAUGGUUAUUGGUAGAGCUUUCAACAAAGAGUAUGCAAAUGCAUAA